AGGUCACAUAACGGGGCCGUGCGCAGGGCGAGGCUCACGUCACGUUCCCGUCCCAGGCUGUCAACAACAACUCUUACCUGUCCGUCACCUGUCACCGCCCACCCGUCACCUCUCCGGCAUGGGAAUCACCUUUACCUUCCUCCUGGUGAUGUGGUGAGGCGCCCAGACCUUGUAAUAUGAAAAUAAAAGCAUAGGCAGAGAUGAGUUUCCAGUUUAAAGAAGAGGCUUGCAGAGAUGAAUUUUGAGUUUAAAGAAGUCGCUCGAGAGAGGAAACCAAGAACUGACAUAUAACUAUAUAAAGCAAGCUAACACUACCAGGAAACCAUACGUCACCACAACCACCAAUAAAAAGAAUAAAAAAAGAAAAGUAAACAAAACAGGAUAUCAUAGAACAGGAAUAACAAUUAAAAAGAAGAGAAACUGAGCCUUUGAACCCCAAGCUCACCCUCCGGAAGGCCUCGACCAUGGGGAUGUUCGACAAGCUGGCCUUCGCUCUGGGCCUGAAGAAGCGGGAGGCGAGCGUGCUGGUCAUCGGCCUCGACAACUCAGGCAAGUCCACCAUGCUGAACCACUUCAAGUCCGAGGACCAGAAGACCACCGAGAUCGUGCCGACGGUGGGCUUCAAUGUGGAGAAGUUCAGAGCUAGAAAUGUUGGCUUCACAGCGUUUGACAUGUCUGGGCAGGGCCGUUACCGUAGCCUCUGGGAGCACUACUACCAUGACUGCCAGGGCGUGAUCUUUGUGGUGGACUCCAGUGACAAGCUACGGCUGGUGGUGGCCAAGGACGAGCUUGACAUGUUACUGCAGCAUCCCGAGAUAAAGACCCGUCGGCUGCCCAUUCUCUUCUUCGCCAACAAGAUGGAUAUGAGGGACGCGGUGAGCAGUGUGAAGGUGUCGGCGGCGCUGGGGCUGGAACGCAUCACGGACAAGCCUUGGCACAUCACGGCCUCCAAUGCCAUCACCGGGGACGGCCUGCACGAGGGGGUGGAGUGGCUCACCAAUCAGAUCAAAGAGAACCUCGGGACCAAGUGAACGGGGCGUGACUUACCCUAAUUCCGUCCUGUCCUGUCCCACCCCCAGCUUUGUUUCUGUGACCAUUUGUGUUUUUUCUUAUUAUUUUUAUUUUCUUCAGUUUUCUUAGUAUUUUGAAUGAGGGUUUGGCAGGAUUUGACGCUGGAUAGGCUGCGGUAACAUAGAAAAAUAGUUAUGUGUAUCGUCCAGUCCUGUCCCACCCCCAGCUCUGUUUCUGUGGUCAUUAUUUCAUUGUUUUUUCUUAUUAUUGUUUAGUUAUCUCAGUUUUACCGGUUGAUCUCAUUCGCCUGUGAUUUUUACUAGUCGCCUUUUACUCUUGAGCCCCAGGUAUGGUCGGAGGAAGUGGGGUUAUAUACGUAAUGAUAUUGGUUAUGUGAGGUUAUUUUCUGUUGCUUUGUGUGGUGUGGUGUUUGAUACAUCUUACCUAUUCUUUCCUAUUCUCUUCUCUCGACUCUCACAUUUUAGUGUUUACCAUUUAAGUGUUUUUUUAUUUAGUUUUUGUUUUUUCUCCGCACCUCACUUUCUUAUGUUGACCCAUUAGUGUUUCCCGGCACAUGCAGGUUGCAGGCCUGGCCGUCACUGCUGCCCGCCACUGUUUUGCCCCUAGUCAGCGCAGUAUUACCGGAGGGAGCAGCUCCGAGGCAACAUUCCGUCCAAGGGUUGUGAUGUUCGUAGUAGCUUUGCAAUGGCAGGUUUCGAUGGGAUGGCAAAUCUACCAUCACAGCAAAGUCACGUAAUAGAUAAGUUUUGAUAAAAGAGUAGCAACUAUAAAUUUACAGAUGUUUAUUAUGUGCCCUCAACAUUGUCAUCUGGUGGAAGGUUUUCUGCUAACAAGUAUGAAUUAAAUUUCUUAUGAUGCUUCUCAUUCAGAGGAACAUUCAUAAGCUCCUUUUUUUUUUUUUAACAGUAAAGGAAAUAGCUCAAGGGCAAAACAAAGAAAACAAUAAUGAAAAAAAGCCCUGUAUUUUAUUUGUAAUGUUAGACUACGGAAUGAUUUCUAAGGUAGGAUAAGCAGUGCCUCAUAAUGAUAAGACGUGCCCCCCUUAAAGGCAACUAUCACAUAAGAAAACUCUCCACCUGUGAACUCCUCUGCAGUAUUCAUGAUAAAAGCAGCGGGUUGUAUCCAUAAUUAUAAUCUAAGAGUCAUUCCCUUAAAAAUUACCAUUAUCAAAUAUCAGAUCAUUUCCCUGGAUUGAUAGAAAUUCCCAAUAAUUUUAAUGUGGCUGCUUCCAGUAUAUUAAAGCAAGGUUUUAGUGUAGGUCUUAGCCAGCCAGCCUCUCAUCUAGUCUAAGAAUGAACCAUAGGUGGCCUUCAGCUGACUUGCCUUAAGCCGAGUAGUGCGUGGCCUUCACAAGCUCAAGAUAUUCUAGUCAGAGUCUGCCAAAGGUUACAGAGGAUAAACAAAAUAUAUUCUAACUUAUAAAAUGACGUGCUUGAGGAUGUAUAUCUAGACAACGAGCUUAUUCUCAUACGUAGCAGAGACGAAGUAUAGUGUAGGGGGGAAAGCUGUGCCAUUGAGUUUACGCACACCAGUAAUGUAACAUGUGAGGCGUAUGGCAGAGAAGAGGUGCAAGGGGCAGUGUUUUUUCCUAGCUUGCACUGGGAAAGACAGACUGCACCUCCCAGGAAGAACAAGAACGAGAUAUACGUCACAAGGGAAUACCAACCUUUCAUACACCAAACACAAGGUCAAUUUUUCUAUGCAACUUGUUUCCUGUUCUUCCUGCGAUGUGUAACCUGUUUUUCUUGAUGCGAACUAAGAAAAAUUGUCUGUCCUUUACGAAACUUCUCUGGAUGCCUCAAAUAUCACCUGCUGUGUUAUCAUUCCUUAUGUGUUUAUUUUUAAGUUGGUACAGAAGGUUGUUUGGGUUGUUGGGGUAAGCAGCCAGCAUCCGAGUCGCUUGUGAGUGCCUGAGAUAAGUCACACGUACCUCAACACUGACUUAGGGAGAGGAAAAAAAUAUAUAUAAAUAGUCUGGCGUAUUUUUCCACUGAUUUUUCUAACGUUUUGGCUUUUUAGGGAAUUAAGAAUGGGGUGUCAGAGGUUGUGUCUAUUUUCAUUUCCGUCCAGCGCACACAAUAAAACAAUUUGCGUAUAA